AUGUCGAAAAAAAAAGAAGGGCUGUUCGGGAGCAGUGAAAGCGGAGGUAAACACUAUCGAAGGAGAAAAGCACGGACUGUUUUCUCGGACCAGCAGCUAACAGGUUUAGAGAAGAGGUUCGAGGCACAGCGGUACCUUUCCACACCGGAGCGGGUGGAACUGGCCCACGCUCUUCACCUGUCAGAAACUCAGGUAACUUAUAUCUUUUAUACGUUUUUCAUUUCAUAA